UCUCCCUCUUUGCGAUUCGAUCUAAUCCUGCCACAGGCAUGAAACAGUUGAUCGGAAAGUUGAAUGAUUUGUGGCCCGAGCAUAGCGUCGCAUUGUCCAUUCCAAAGGAGGUUGAUAGAAGCAAGGAGAAACUUGAGGGCGCCUGGGAGACAAUAGGUCGCGAUGGUUCCAAAAUUACAACAGUCGUUGCCACGCCUGGCCAAGGCACCGAUCGCGUUCAAGAAGUUUCCUAUACAGACACAAAAGUCAUAGGAAAUGGCAGCUUUGGAGUCGUCUUUCAGGCGAAACUCUGCGAUACCGGCGAAUUGGUUGCAAUCAAAAAAGUUUUACAAGACAGACGAUUUAAGAAUCGUGAGCUGCAAAUAAUGCGCAGAUUGGAGCAUUGUAAUAUCGUUAAACUUUUGUACUUUUUCUAUUCGAGUGGUGAAAAGCGCGAUGAAGUAUUUUUGAAUUUAGUCCUCGAAUAUAUACCAGAAACUGUAUACAAAGUGGCACGUCAAUAUGCCAAAACCAAGCAAACGAUACCAAUCAAUUUUAUUCGGCUCUAUAUGUAUCAAUUGUUUAGAAGCUUGGCAUACAUCCAUUCGCUAGGCAUUUGCCAUCGUGAUAUCAAGCCGCAGAACCUGCUGCUCGACCCCGAAACGGCCGUACUCAAGCUGUGCGAUUUCGGCAGUGCCAAGCAGCUGCUGCACGGUGAGCCGAAUGUCUCGUACAUUUGCUCCCGGUAUUAUCGUGCCCCAGAGCUUAUAUUUGGCGCCAUCAACUAUACAACUAAAAUCGACGUAUGGAGCGCUGGCUGCGUGCUGGCCGAACUAUUGCUGGGACAGCCCAUAUUUCCUGGUGAUUCUGGUGUCGAUCAGCUGGUUGAGGUGAUCAAGGUUUUGGGCACACCGACACGAGAACAAAUACGCGAAAUGAAUCCAAACUAUACGGAAUUCAAAUUUCCGCAGAUUAAAAGUCAUCCAUGGCAGAAAGUUUUCCGUAUACGCACUCCGACAGAAGCUAUCAACUUGGUGUCGCAGCUGCUCGAGUACACGCCCAGCGCCCGCAUUACGCCGCUGAAGGCCUGUGCACACCCGUUCUUUGACGAGCUGCGCAUGGAGGGCAAUCACACCUUGCCCAAUGGCCGCGACAUGCCGCCACUUUUCAACUUCACAGAGCAUGAACUCUCGAUACAGCCUAGCUUAGUGCCACAGUUGUUGCCAAAGCAUCUGCAGAACGCAGCUCACGCAGCCAGUGCUAAUCGCGCCUCGGCUGGCGGACCGACUGGCGCUGCGGCCAGUGGCUCGACCAACGUCUCAUCAGCGGGCAGUGGCACGUCCGGUGAUGGCGCCGCGCAGUCACAGCAACAGCAGCAGCAGGCGCCCGCAUCAGCAGCAGCAGGCACAGGCGCCGGUGGCGCCGCUAACGUUGGCGGCGCCCAGGGAAACAACAGCAGCAGCAGCAACAGUGGCAAUGCAACAACUGGUGCAGCUGCUGCAGGCGCUCCCAAUGCGCAGCAAUCGAAUGCGGCUGCAGCUGGCUCCGGCGGCGGCGGUGGCGGUGGCGCUGCAACAGCUGCCGCUGCAGCCGGCGCGAUUGCCACAAGCAAUGCAGGUGGCACUAACAUAACAGAUUCAUAGGGGCAAUAGCAACAUACGCAAAUAUAUGUACAAUAUAUAUAUCUAUAUCGUAUAUAUCAUAAUUAUGAUAUAUAUGCAUAUAUUUAUAUAAUCAAUCAACACAGUACACAGAAACCUAUACAAACACACACACAUAUAUAUAUACAUACACCCACAACCAUACAUGUUGGAGAGAGUGGGAACACAAAAAUAAGAAAUAUUAAAAAA